GGUGGGCGAGGGUCUACAGCCUGGGUGAGCGCAGCUCUCGUUGGCAAUACCGGUGAGUUGCUCCUCUCUUUGCCCUCCUUCGCUGCUUCUAUCUAGGGUGCUGACUGGGGAGGAGGUGGGAGGUACCCGGCGCGAGCGAUCCCGAGGCAGCUGGCACCCCCGCGAGGAGGUGGCAUUUUGGCCCAGGAGCCGUCGGACUCCGGGAAAAGUCCUGAGCUCUUGUCUCGAUGAAGGCGCGUUUCCUAAGGGCGCGUGGUCACUGCCGCCCUCCGCUGCUGGUCUGCUUUUAGAGCGAAGUCCCUGUCCGAGGUGGUAAAUCUGUUUGGGUCCCCAAGCCCCAGGCCCUUUCCGCAGGGAACAGGUGAGCACUGGGAGCUGUCGGCGCCCCAGCUCCUGCGCUCUCAGAGGGGCCUGGGCCCUCGAAGGCUCGCCAUGUUCCCCUGGGGGCUGAGCUCCCUGUCGGUGCUCGGGGCGGCGGGCACCGCUCUCUUGUGCGCCGGACUGCUGCUCAGCCUGGCCCAACAUCUCUGGACCCUCCGUUGGACGCUGAGCCGGGACCGAUCCUCUGCCCUGCCCCUGCCCAAAGGCUCCAUGGGUUGGCCCUUCUUCGGGGAAACGCUGCACUGGUUAGUUCAGGGCUCGCGCUUCCAUAGUUCCCGGAGGGAGCGCUACGGAACCGUGUUCAAGACGCACCUGCUGGGCAGGCCCGUGAUCCGCGUGAGCGGCGCAGAGAACGUCCGCACAAUCCUGCUGGGGGAGCAUCGCCUUGUGCGCAGCCAGUGGCCGCAGAGCGCGCAUAUCCUAUUGGGCUCACACACUCUGCUCGGCGCGGUCGGUGAGCCGCACCGGCAGCGGCGCAAGAUCCUGGCUCGAGUGUUUAGCCGCGCGGCCUUGGAGCGCUACGUGCCUCGUCUGCAGGGGGCGCUGCGGCGUGAGGUGCGCUCCUGGUGUGUUGCCCGAGGGCCGGUUGCUGUCUACGAGGCCGCCAAAGCGCUCACUUUUCGCAUGGCCGCGCGUAUCCUACUGGGCCUACGGCUAGAGGAGGAGCAGUGCUCGGAGCUGGCCCGGACUUUCGAGCGGUUCGUGGAGAACCUCUUCUCGCUGCCCCUAGAUGUGCCCUUCAGCGGCCUGCGCAAGGGCAUCCGGGCACGGGACCAGCUGCAUCGGCACCUGGAGGAGGCCAUUGCAGAGAAACUUCAUGAAGACAAGGCUGCAGAGCCAGGUGAUGCUCUGGCUGGCAUCAUCCACAGCACCAGGGAGCUGGGCCAGGAGCUCUCAGUGCAGGAGCUGAAGGAGUCAGCUGUGGAGCUCCUCUUCGCCGCUUUCUUCACCACGGCCAGUGCCAGCACGUCCCUCGUCCUGCUACUUCUGCAGCACCCGGCGGCCAUUGUCAAGAUCCGGCAGGAGCUGGCGGCGCAGGGACUGGGGCGCGCGUGCGGCUGCGCGCCGGGGGCCUCGGGGGGCGGCGCGGGGCCCCGGCCCGACUGCGGCUGCGAGCCGGACCUCAGCUUGGCAGCGCUGGGCCGCCUGCGCUAUGUUGGCUGCGUGGUCAAGGAGGUGCUGCGCCUCCUGCCGCCCGUGUCCGGGGGCUACCGCACAGCCCUGCGCACCUUCGAGCUCGAUGGCUACCAGAUCCCCAAGGGCUGGAACGUGAUGUAUAGCAUCCGAGACACGCACGAGACCGCUGCGGUGUACCGCAGCCCCCCUGAGGGCUUUGACCCCGAGCGCUUCCACACUGCGGGCGAGGACGCGCGGGGCGCCGCUGGCCGCUUCCAUUACAUCCCGUUCGGCGGUGGUGCGCGCAGCUGUCUCGGCCAGGAGCUGGCGCAGACGGUGCUCCAGCUGCUCGCCGUGGAGCUGGUGCGCACGGCGCGCUGGGAACUGGCCACGCCUUCCUUCCCCGCCAUGCAGACCGUGCCCAUAGUGCACCCAGUGGACGGGCUGCGGCUCUUUUUCUACCCGCUUGCGCCUUCGGCAGCGCAGGAUGGACGACGCCUCUGA